AUGAAUCAAUCUCAGUGUCCAACAGCCUACCACCUUCUAGUGAAUCAUUCCCAGCGUCUAACAACCUACCACCUACUAGUGAAUCAAUCUCAGUGUCCAACAACCUACCACCUACUAGUGAAUCAAUCUCAGUGUCCAACAACCUACCACCUACUAGUGAAUCAAUCUCAGUGUCCAACAACCUACCACCUACUAGUGAAUCAAUCUCAGCGUCCAACAGCAUACCACCUUCUAGUGAAUCAUUCUUAUUUUCCAACAGCCUACCACCUACUGGUGAAUCAUUCUCAAUGUCCAACAGCCUACCACCUACCAGUGAAUCAUUCUCAGUGUCCAACAGAAUACCACCUACUAGUGAAUCAUUCCCAGCGUCCAACAACCUACCGCCUACCAGUAAAUUAUCAUUCUCAGUGUCCAUCAGCCUACCACCUACUAGUGAAUCAUUAUCAGUGUCUAACAGCCUACCACCUACUAGUGAAUCAUUCUCAGUGUCCAUCAAACCUACCACCUACCAGUGAAUCAAUCUCAGUGUCCAACAACCUACCACCUACCAGUGAAUCAAGCUCAGUGUCCAACAACCUACCGCCUACUAGUGAAUCAUUCUUAUUUUCCAACAGCCUACCACCUACUAGUGAAUCAUUCUCAAUGUCCAACAGCCUAUCACCUACCAGUGAAUCAUUCUCAGUGUCCAUCGGCCUACCGCCUACCAGUGAAUCAUUCUCAGCGUCCAACAGCCUACCACCUACUAGUGAAUCAUUCUCAGUGUCCAUCAGCCUACCACCUACUAGUGAAUCAUUAUCAGUGUCUAACAGCCUACCAUCUACUAGUGAAUCAUUAUCAGUGUCCAUCAGCCUACCACCUACUAGUGAAUCAUUAUCAGUGUCCAACAACCUACCACCUACCAGUGAAUCAUUCUCAGUGUCCAUCGGCCUACCGCCUACCAGUGAAUCAUUCUCAGCGUCCAACAGCCUACCACCUACUAGUGAAUCAUUCUCAGUGUCCAUCAGCCUACCACCUACUAGUGAAUCAUUCUCAGUGUCCAACAACCUACCACCUACUAGUGAAUCAUUCUCAGUGGCCAACAACCUACCACCUACUAGUGAAUCAUUCUCAGUGUCUAACAGCCUACCACCUACUAGUGAAUCAUUCUCAAUGUCCAACAACCUACCACCUACUAGUGAAUUAUUCUCAGCGUCCAACAGAAUACCACCUACUAGUGAAUCAUUCUCAGUGUCCAACAGCCUACCACCUACUAGUGAAUCAUUCUCAGUGUGCAACAGAAUACCACCUACUAGUGAAUCAUUCUCAGUGUGCAACAGAAUACCACAUACUAGUGAAUCAUUCUCAGUGUCCAUCAGCCUACCACCUACUAGUGAAUCAUUCUCAGUGUCCAACAACCUACCACCUACCAGUGAAUCAUUCUCAGCGUCCAAUGGCCUACCACCUACUAGUGAAUCAUUCUCAGUGUCCAACAGCCUACCACCUACUAGUGAAUCAUUCUCAGUGUGCAACAGAAUACCACCUACUAGUGAAUCAUUCUCAGUGUGCAACAGAAUACCACAUACUAGUGAAUCAUUCUCAGUGUCCAUCAGCCUACCACCUACUAGUGAAUCAUUCUCAGUGUCCAACAACCUACCACCUACCAGUGAAUCAUUCUCAGCGUCCAAUGGCCUACCACCUACUAGUGAAUCAUUCUCAGUGUCCAACAGCCUACCACCUACUAGUGAAUCAUUCUCAGUGUCCAUCAGCCUACCGCAGACAACCUCCCAAUAA